AUGUUUUCCAAGGCCACUGCCAACUUCGUCCGUCAGAUUGACCCUGAGGGAAGCCUCAUCCACGUGUCCAGAGUGAACGACUCACACAAACUGGUUCCCAUAGCACUGGUCGUCAAACGCAACCGCAUCUGGUUCUGGCAGAGGCCCAAGUACCAACCAACAGAUUUCACCCUAAGCGACUUGUUGCAGGAUGAGAAGGUGCUCAGUCCUGGAGUGUCUGAGACUGAAUUCCUGUCCUACAAUGGGACGUUUGGAGACCAAUUCUCUGGGAAGCUGGAGGCUGAGGCUGGCUCAGUCGGUGUCACAUUGGAGGGGCGGGGCACUACCACACUCCAGUCAUCUUUUGGCAAGCUGAGGAGAGAGGAACUGGAUGUGAAGAAGCUGUUAAACGACUCCAGCAACAGGCUGGUGGACAUGCAGCACGUGCUGGUGCAGCAGCUGAAGAAGCGGGAUGAUGUGCUGGCAGUGGUGAAGGAGAGGAUCCUCACCACCAGUUCCUGCACCGUCACCCAGACAGAAAAGGAGGACUGCACCUUUCAGGGGGUGCUGGGGCUAGUGGGCAUGCUGGGGGGCUCUGUUACACAGGUGUGUGUGAAGGAAAGCAAUGACAUUGUGGUGGACAGCGAUGUUUCCUUGGAGAUCCCUCCUGGUACAGUCAUUGCAUACAGCAUCCUGGAACUAGAAAUAAAAAAAAACGGAGACUAUCAGAUAUGCCUACAACCUGGCACGAUCGGAGGCUUUGAGGCUGAUACAGGGGAAUCCUUUUCAUCUCACGAUUCCUUCAAUACUGAGAUGAAUCUUUCUCCACUGGCAGGGCUUCCCCAGUCAACUCGACGUGCCUUGUUCCUGAAACUCCAAGAGGUUCUGAGGGACAGUGUGGCUCUGACAUAUCUGCAGAGUUAUCUGGAGGAGAUGUUGUGUAGUGGUGAAACACUCAAUGUGGAAAAUACGAAAGAUGUGUCAGAGAGUCAAAGAAAAUUGGCGACAGCCAUACUGGACUGUAUUGGCAGUGGCACUGAGAACGGCCAGUCCGGCCUCUCUGCUCACCUGAUUGCAGCUCACCUGUUGGUCAGUGCUUUGGAAGAGUUGCCUGAUGAAACUCUGACUCUCCUGAAUAAGAGCUGUCCUGAUUUUCUGGAGGCCUUUGACACACUGAUGUGCAUGUUAAAGGAGAGCAGCCAGCCUCUCCCCAUCCAGUCUCUUCCUGUCCCGCUGCAGGACAACCAGACCUUCAAGCUGGCAGAACAGCUGCUCAGCUCCACCAGUGUGACGCUGAGGAGAGACGCCAACAGGCUGUGGGUGGAGACGGGAGAUGAACCAGGAGUGCUCCCAUUGGUCCUCCGCCUCAGCAUACAUGGAUUGUUUUUGCUGUGCAGUGAGCAGAAAUAG